CUGGCAGGCCAAGGAAGAUGGCGGAGCAGGUUCCCAAGUAACAUCUGCUGAUCACCCAUCGCUGAAGCAGUUUUCAGAAAGCUUGUCACUGAUCAGAAUGUUUCAGAUAAUUGGAGGAUAGACAGUGCAGCAACAUACACCUAUGAGGUAGGAAACCCUCCUGACUACCGAGGGCAGAGCUGCAUGAAGAAGAAUGGUGUGCCCAUGGGCCACGUGGCCCAGCAGAUUGCCAAAGAAGACUUUGCCUCAUUUGACUACAUACUAUGUAUGGAUGAAAGCAAUCUGAGAGAUCUGAAUAGAAAAGGUAAUCAAGUUAAAAACUGCAAAGCUAAAAUUGAACUGCUGGGGAGCUAUAACCCACAGAAGCAGCUAAUCAUCGAGGAUCCCUAUUAUGGCAAUGACUCCAAGUUUGAGACCAUCUACCAGCAAUGUGUGUGCUGCUGCCGAGCCUUCCAGGAGAAGGCCAGCUGACCCUCCCACUGCCACUCCCCACGCUAGUCUUCCUUCCAUCACUCAUCUAGCAAAUGUCUAGGGAACUGU